UCACCGGGUCCCAGACGGUGAAGUAUCUUCGAUGGGAGAGGGACCUGUAUAUAAGCACAAAUCUCUUCUCUGUCAGCUCCUGCAUACUGCUUUGUAUGACUCUGCAUUGCAGAGCCAUUCAAAGCAGUGCGCUUACAGUGAAACACAGCACAUUUACAAAAUACACACAGCACACAGUUAAUCCUUUUAUCGCCCCAUGUUAACCCCUUCCUGCCCAGUGCCAUUAGUACAGUUGUCAGUGCUUUUUAUAAGCACUGAUCACUGUACUGGUGUCCACAGGGGAUGUCAGUGACACCAAGUCAGUUCCCCCCAGUGUCAGAAUGCUGCCGCAGUCCCGCUAUAAGUCGCUGA